AUCAAGAUGGCGACUUACUGAAGCGCUCCAUGCUUAAUUGUUGAUAAAACAUAUAUUGUUAUUUUACUGAGUACAAUUAAAGUACGAUGAUUAUUAUUUUUAUUUUUUUAUUCGGUGUCCUCAAUGAAGGAAGAACGUUUCCGUAAGAUGUUUGCAGAUUUUGGGACACUUACGGAUUGUACAUUGAAAUUCACCAAACAUUGUAGAGUUCACACUUUUGGAUAAGUAGGCUUCAAGACAGAGGAGGGUGCAUAGAAAGCUAUGAAACAUUUCAAGAAAGCUUUGUUACUGUGACGGCUGUGUGUGUGUGUGUAUACAUGGAGUGGCGGCCAACAUUAUUAGAAACCUAGUAUUUUUACCAUUUAAAAAUGGUUUUAAGUCAGUUGUUUCUAUAUUUAGCUGUAGUAUGUCAGUAGUAAAUAUCUAAAUUUCCAAACAUUCAUUUUUGCCAUUAAUUAUAAUAAUUGUAAAUAAUUAAAUCCAUUUUUUAGCUGGUGAAAAUAGUGUUCUAAUAAUUUAGCUGAGCACUGUAUAUUUGAACAUUUGUCUUUAAAUUCUUCCUCAUAAUCUGUCUGAAUAAGGUGGAAUUCUGCACAGAUAUUGAGACCCAAACAAAGCCAGACCUUGGAGCAAACACACACUUUUCAGCCAUCAUCAAACAAAGCUACUGAAGAGCUACAGCUACAGAAUAGAGUCACUUUUUCUUUGUUUGCACUAAUCUAUUCCCUUUGGUUUCCAAACAGUUUUAUUGGAUGGUCUCAUUAAUUGUUUUUUUUCCUGUUAUUAAUUUGUAUGUUUUCAUUAAACUGCUUCGGAACAAUGUAUAUUGUAAAAAGUGCAAUAUAAAGAAACUGAAUUUAUGCUGUCACUCCAUCUCCACAGAAGCAGAAUAAGCCUUUGAAUGUUCUUGGAGAUGUAAGUAUGUCUCUCUUUGCAUGACAUAAAUAAUACUUGAAUAAAUAUGCAGACAUUGUAUAAAAUGCCAUUAAGAAUCCUCAGCUUGAAAAAGACUUGAGCUUCCACGAGUUCCUCUCUGUGCACCAGAAAUGCACACAGGUGACACUGCAGAAGCGACGUCUGUUGGAGUUGAAAAGAGGAUACUGAUAAUGAAGCCUUGAAGGAAGAUCUGUCUGAUAUGGAUUAUCUUCAUUCCAAAAUUGUGGAGAAAUCAGACACGGUGGACGAGAAAGAGAUGGAAGAGGCAGAUGAUGAAGGAAAAGAAGGUGACAGUGCUAAAGCUGCUGAUAAGAAAGAGGAGGAGGAGCAAGAGUCCCCAGACAGUGCUUAUGAAAGCGGGGACAAGGCCAGUAGCACAAGAAAAGCACAAAACCAGCAGCUCAGAAUAUGAUUGAGCUGAGCACAGAGUUCACAGUCAAGCUACGAGAUGCAAUGUCACAGAGAGCCUCAAACAAAAGCUGCAUCUGCUGAGAACAGUGACUCAGCUAAAAAGGAAGAAGAGGAGGAGGAGGAUGAGGAAGACACAUUUUUGCCCGGCUCGACUCUCAUCAUUUUAAACCUCAACUUUAACACAUCAGAGGAAACAUUGCUGGAGACAUUUUCUAAAUGCGGUGUGGUGAAAAGCUGCACAAUAUCAAAGAAGAGUGAUAAAGCAGGUAAAUGAUCUUCAAUGGGUUAUGGCUUUGUGUGAUACGAAACUCCAGAGGCAGCACAGAAAGCCAUGAGACAGCUGCAGCAGUAUAAAGUAGAUGAACACCAGCUUGAGCUGAAAAUAUCAGAAAGAGAAGUCAAGUAAAUGUGGUGCAGCCAAAGAGAAAAAAAGCAAACUGCCAGGAAACAGAUGACCUCGAAGAUCCUGGUGCGAAACAUCCCCUUCCAGGCCACGGUCAAAGAACUGCGAGAACUCUUCUGUAUGUUUGGAGAACUGAAGACCGUCAGCCUGCUAAAGAAAGGGAUCGGUGGAGCUCACCGUGGUUUUGGCUUCAUUGACUCCCUCACUUAACAGGAUGCCGAGAAAGCUUUCACAGCGCUGGGUCACAGUACCCAUCUUUACGACAGGAGGCUGGUGUUGGGAGUGGGCGGAUGCAAGGAGACUGUGGAUGACUGUGCACAGCACUUUCCAUGCAAAUCUGUGCACAAAUCUGUCCUCUCGUCGACUCUCUCAGCUGCUCCUAAGAAGCGGAGGAAGGCGGAGGUGUUAGAGGGAAUCUCGGAGCAGAUGGAGGUCGGGGAGGAAGACGUGGCGUGAAUAGCAGCCGUCAGUCAGCUCCAGCAUCAAUAAGAGAGUAAAUCAUCCAGUGGAACUCCAUUUAUCUCUAUUAUGACACCGUCUUAAACAGCUGCUUCACGGUCUCUUCAGGAAUUCUUCCUUUUGGCCCCAGAUGCUCCCAAUUAGCUUUUUAUUAUAUGCUCAUACAUCAUCUCUGUUAUUGCUGUCAAUGUAUUAAACACAGCGUCUCCCCGCAGACCAACUCUGGCUGAAGGUGAGCUCGGAUGACAGGGUCCUUUUGAAAAGAUGCCGAAAGGCCACGUCUGCUUUAGCUGUUUUUAAUCGUCACGGAGGGCGACACGGCUGACAUUGAAGAAUCACGAUAGUGAUCGACCAAAAUAUCAACUGGAAAUGUUUCCUUUAACAUCAUUUUAUUGUAGUCUGUUCCUGACUUUUUUUUUUUUGCACUGUUAUAUAAAAGUCCAGUGUGUCUUCUCAAUCUAUUGAAGAAAUGACAAGUGCUUUUAGAUUUUUGGGAUCAUAAUGUAUUUAUUCAUGUGACAGUAAAUCAUUGUGUCUGAAAAUGUUCCUAUCUUAGGAUAAGUCAUUACACUAGAAACCUCAAUUUGUAAAAUGUGCUAUUUGUACAGUCGAGGGCAAAACAGUCUUGGUCUACACAGAAGACGCCUUGCAGACUACAUAGUGGGCAUUCUAGUGUACCGCAUCUGCAUGACAUCAUCAUGUGAUUUCAAAUCAACCUAUAAUAUUAUCUGUUUUGAAAUUUCUAAUUUGCUUCGUCAUUUGUUUUCUGUUUUAUUAAAGUGUUUGUUUAUCCAGAAA